AUGGACGCGACGCGGCGGGUGGCUUGCAAUCCAGAAUUGUUGAACGUAAACCCGAUUCUGACAAUGGGUAUGCAAAUCUCCUUCAUCCUCGUUGUCUCGCAUUUCUUUCAGCUUGUAUUGAAGCCCUUGGGCCAGCCUGGACCCAUUGCCCAGAUUCUCUCUGGAUUGGUGCUAGGUCCCUCAGGGUUAUCACAUAUAACAUACAUAAAAGAGGUCUUCUUUCAGGAUUUGGCCGGAGAUUACUACCAAACUCUGGCAUUGUUCGCCCGCAUAAUAAUCAUGUUCCUCAUUGGUCUCGAGAUGGAUCUUCAAUAUUUACAUCGCAAUUUACGUACAGCAAGUGUAAUUGCCUCUGGUGGUUGCUUGAUAUGUAGCAUGCUUGCAGCAGCAAUCACCCCCUUCAUAUGCCAGCAGACUGAAGUCCAUAGCCACGUGGUUAUGGUGGCCGUAAUGCUUGCAGUGGUAUUAGCUAAUGCAGCCUCUCCCAUUGUGAUCCGUUUGGCAUCUGAAUUGAGGUUUGCAACUACAGAUUUCGGGCGGCUGGUGAUAUCUUCAUCAUUGAUAUGUGACUUGUAUGCCGCUGUGCUGCUGACACUGAGCUCCAGAAGCAAACACGGGCGGAAAUUUAUGACUUGGGCCUUCCAUGGAUGCCUUGCAUUGUUCAUGAUGAUAACAGUCAUCUUUCUUAACAUUUACCUGGUUAAUUGGCUAAACAGAAGAAACCGAUACCAAAAAAGCCUUAAAAACACUGAAGCAUUUGCCAUAUUAUCAGUUGUUGUAAUUGCAGCUAUGGCUAUUGAGAUGUUGGGAUUUAACAGCAUAAUUGCUUGUUUUUUCAUCGGCUCAAUGUUCCCCAAGCGAGGGAAAACAGCUCGGACAUUGUUGCCCAAACUCAGUUACUCUGUUCAAAAUUUCAUAUUCCCGGUUUAUUUGGGUUACUUGGGGUUUCAAGCUGACAUAUCUGUCAUAAACAGCCUCUCCAACUUCAGUGUUGUUUUCGUCAUCAUCUUGUUGAGCCUUGGAGGGAAGAUCAGUGGCACACUUGCUGCUUGCUAUUACCUCAAGAUUCCCCUUAAUGAGGGUGUUCUCUUUGCUUUCCUAAUGAAUCUCAAAGGCUAUGCUGAUCUAGUUACCAUAGGCCUUGGCUACCAGGAUAAUGUGAUUACAAGUCAACUUUUGUAUGGUUUGAUGAUUUCAACUUUAGUAAUUAAUACGCUGGUGGUGGGCCCUAUUAUAGCUUUCAUGGUGAGAAGAGAAAGUGACAUUCUUGGUUUCAAGCAUAUAGCCCUUGAAUGGCAAACUGCAGAUAGUGAACUACGGAUCCUGGCCUGCGUGCACAACCCUCGCCAUUUAUCGACCAUGUUUGGUCUUAUUGCAGCACUAGGAGGACCCGAAAAGGGCCCCAUCGCCCCCUAUUUUAUGCACCUGAUUGAGCUCCCAGAGAAAACCAAGAGCCAUCUGAUGUAUCACCAGCGAGAAGAUGAUGAGCUGAGUGAUGAGGACAACUAUGGCGGUAAUGAUGUAGUGGAGAUCAAUGAGGCUGUAGACAACUUCACUGCAGAGACAGGAGUGAUGGUUCACCAGUUGAAAGCUGUAUCACCCUUCUUAAACAUGUAUACAGAUGUGUGUGAUCGUGCAGAGGAGAUGCAUGCAUCUAUCAUACUUCUCCACUUCCACAAGCACCAGCGCAUUGAUGGAAAAAUGGAGACUGGCAAGGAAGGGAUAAGAACCACAAAUCAGAAGGUCCUCCGCCAUGCCAAAUGUUCGGUUUCCAUUCUUGUUGACAGAGGGCUUGCUGGGGACUCACUAGCUUCAGGCACUGAAUCAUUGCAACAAGCUGCAGCAUUAUUUUUUGGUGGGCCUGAUGACCGCGAGGCUUUGAGUUUUAGCAGGCGCCUUGGCACGCAUCAUCACAUAAAACUCACAGUCAUUAGAUUUUUGCCAGCAUCAUCCAAGGGCCAAAAUUUUGGGGUCAAUGUUGCACACAAGGCAGAGGAUGUUUUUAUGGCCAUAUCAGAUCAAGAGACAGAUAAUGAAGCAGACACAGCAGUUCUCUCAGACUUCUAUAACAGGUAUGUGACAUCAGGUCAGGUGGGAUAUAAGGAGAAGUAUGUGGAAAAUGGGCAACAGACAGCUUCUACUUUAAGGGACAUGGCUGAUAUGUACUCAUUGUUUAUAGUUGGCAAAGGCAAGCCAGCGCAGUCACCUUUAACCACUGGAAUGAGCGACUGGGAAGAGUGUGCUGAGCUCGGAGCUGUUGGAGAUCUAUUGGCUUCGUCCGAUUUUGAUAACAGUGGCUCAGUUUUGGUCAUUCAACAGCACAGAAUUUCAAAGAAAGAAAGUGAGCAAUAGGACUCGGUACUUCAAUACAAGUUGGGCUUAUUUUGAUCUGACUGCAAGUUAUGUCUCCAUCUGGAACCAUCUCUUGUGAAGCAAAGAAAUUCAUAUCCCAAGUGUAAAUUUGCAUGACCAAAAACAAAUUGGUGGGAACCCUGAUUGAUCUUCACUUGAAUGUGAACCAAAAAUCCAUACCAAUUUGAUGGUUUUUGCAGUUCUAAGUGAAGAUGAUUUUGUGAACUGCAGCACUCGAACCCUCAGUCGGAUUCACUCAGCAUGUUAACAGAUCGAUGGGAUGGCUAACAUGGUAUCGUGAUGUAACCACUGAGUUGAGACUGGAUGUAUCCGAGGCACUCCAACUUAUGCAGGGGUUUUGCAUGUAUAGAGUUAAAAAGUUGUAGAAGAGAAUUGACUUCCUUACCUUCUCUUUCUAUCUUUUCAUGGGGAGAAGAGAGAGAUUGGGAAUGUCUGUAGAGUGAAAAACUCAAGUCCAAAGGAAAUUGCAGCUUUCAACUCAUCUUUUGUUGAGCAGGUACAGUUUUGAUUAGUCAAUUUGUAGGCCUGAGUUGUGUGUGUGUAUAAUUGAUUGGUAUGUUAUCCUUUCUCUAUUUCAUUUUACUUUAUCCACUUUAAGUCUCAAUUUUGAACACAUAUUGGGCUGCGGAAAGUUUAUACGGGACACCCUUUGUCUUCAUGUUGAUGUUGAUCAAUUAUGCUUCCUUCUAUUGUUGGUUAAACCUUUACAGAGCUAUAUUGUCUUUGACUUUGUAAUGAAAGAAG